AUGAAUAUGCGGCCAUUUGUCCCCUUCUAUUCCUCUCUCUCUCUCUCUGAGUCCCCUCUUUACGCCCUAAACCCUUUCUCCCUCCCUCUCUCCCUUUCUCUCAAUCAUCCCAUUUUCGUUGGGGCCAAGCGGCGCCGGUUCGUGAUCCCGUCCGGCUACCUCACGGUUUACGUUGGGGCCAAGCGGCACCGGUUCGUGAUCCCAACCCGGUUCCUCAACCUCCCGAUUUUCGUCUCCGUCCUGAAGAAAGCGGAAGAGGAGUUCGGAUUCCAGAUGUGCGGUGGCCUGGUUUUGCCCUGCGAGGUGGAUUUUUUCAUAGGGGUUUUGAAGAUUCUCGAGAAGGACAAGCAGAGAUUCUGUGGAGUAGAACUGGAAGAGGUUUUUAAGACUUUUUCCGAGGUAAAGAAGGGCCUACAUAAGCCCAUGAGCAGGGGCUGUAAAUAUGGAGGCGGCUGGCUAUGAGGCUGGGGCUGGGCUUGCAGCUGAGCCUGAGGAUGCGGAUGAGGCUGGGACUUGCAGCCUGGCUACACGUGAUUCAGAUAUGCUUGCUUUCCUUUAUAUUAUGAUUUAGAUGUGUAUAGAUAUUUUAUGAGUUUUUGCGAUCCACGCAUUUGAAUCAUCAUAUAUGCUUAUGAUUUUAAUGCACCAAAAACCACCCGUGCAAUCUCAGCCCUGCAAAUGCCUCAGCAUAACAAGCUCAUGGACUUGACAUGGAUAUGUUUGAUGUCGCCUAGGUGUGGAACCAGUUGUACAUUCCAAUGUUACCAAGAUCACCAACCCACCUCAUUCUUUUGACAAAAAAGAAAAUGAAAAAGAAAAAAAGGUGGCACUUCUAGCAGUCAUAGAUAUUAUUGUCCUCAGCCCCUAGAGUCUGCAUUUGGAUAUUCUGAUUUCUUUGUGCAUGCAGUUUUUUUCCAUUGAAUUCAAUAUUAGUGAGUUUCUCAAAUGUAGGAUGUUUUGCUAUCAGUGAUUUCUUUGUUCUGAUUCCUUUUACUUUAUACCAAUGUUUUUAUUCUCAAAGUUUAAUUUAUCUAUUUUAUUAUGGUGUUUUCUCAUAGGAUGCAAGCUCUGG